CUGAUGCGAGAAACUGUUGGGUCAAGUCAGAGACACCAACCGAAGAUUGCAGGAAGCUGGGAGAGAGGUGACUGUUCAGACAGAAGAUGUGAUACGCUGUCGUAUUCAGCAAAGAAACAUGGCCACCACUGUGGAGAAAAUGCAGCUCUGUAUUCCAGUUCUAGAAAUGUACAGUAAACUGAAGGAGCAGCUGGAAGCCAAAAGGUAUUAUGCAGCACUGAAGACCAUGGAGCAGCUAGAGAAAGUUUACAUUCCUAGAGUGAGUCAAUACAGGUUCUGUCAAAUCAUGGCUGAGAAUCUGCCCAGACUCAGAGAGGAGAUCAAGGAGAUCUCUAUGUCAGACCUGAAGGACUUUCUAGAGAGUAUCAGAAAACACUCAGACAAAGUGGGAGAGACAGCAAUGAGACAGGCUCAGCAGCACAGGACAUUCAACAGUGCGGUGGCCAAACAGGCCAGUACUGGACACUACACUGGUCCUUCAUACUCUCUGUCUGCCCGCUCACACCACACUCACAAUGGACAGAUGGAUGAGGAGAUGGAGGAGGAUGAAGAGGCAGAUGAAGAGAUCUUGACGGCUCAGGAGCUGGUGGACUUUUCUCCUGUCUACAGGUGUCUCCACAUAUACACUGUGCUGGGUGACAGGGAAACAUUUGAAAACUACUACAGAAAACAGAGAAAGAAACAAGCGCGGCUUGUCUUGCAGCCACAGGCCAAUAUGCAUGAAACAGUAGAAGGCUACAGAAGAUACUUCAAUCAGAUUGUUGGAUUCUUUGUGGUUGAGGACCAUAUACUGAAUGCUACGCGAGGCCUGGUGACGAAAGCUUUCACUGAUGAGCUGUGGAACAUGGCUCUGGCCAAGAUCAUCGCCGUGCUACGCACACACUCUUCUUAUUGUGAUGACCCAGACCUGGUAUUGGAGCUGAAGAACCUCAUAGUAAUCUUUGCAGACACUCUCCAGGGCUAUGGGUUUCCAGUCACCCGCCUGUUUGACCUUCUGUUUGAGAUCCGAGACCAGUACAAUGAGACUUUGUUGAAGAAGUGGGCUCUGGUCUUCCGGGAAAUUUUUGAGCUGGAUAAUUACAGCCCUAUCCCAAUUGAUACAGAGGAAGAAUACAAGUCUGUCAUCAGCCGCUUUCCCUUCCAUGACCCUGAGCUGGAGAAGCAGCAGGACUUUCCAAAGAAGCUUCCGAUGUCCCAGUCGGUGCCUCAGAUCUACUCCCAGGUCAAAGAGUUCAUCUAUGCCAGCCUUAAAUUCUCAGAGUCACUCCACCGAAGCUCAACUGAAAUUGAUGAUAUGUUGAGGAAGUCUACAAACCUACUGCUGACAAGGAUUCUGAGCAGCUGUCUUCAGAACCUCAUUAAAAAGCCACACAUUGGCCUGACUGAGCUGGUGCAGAUCAUCAUCAACAGCACUCACCUGGAGCAGGCCUGCAGGUAUUUAGAAGAGUUCAUCACUAACAUCACCAAUGUGUCCCCAGAGACAGUCCACACCACACGCCUCUAUGGCCUGUCCACUUUCAAGGAUGCUCGACAUGCAGCUGAGGGAGAGAUCUACACUAAACUGAACCAAAAGAUCGAUGAGUUCAUUCAGCUGGCAGACUACGACUGGGGCAUGGCUGAGUCCGACGGCCGGGCUUCUGGGUACCUCAUGGACCUCAUCAAUUUCCUGCGGUCCACCUUCCAGGUUUUCACUCACCUGCCGGGUAAGGUAGCUCAGACGGCCUGCAUGUCAGCCUGUAAGCACCUCUCCACCUCCCUCAUGCAGAUGCUCCUGGACUCAGAGCUCAAGCAGGUCAGCAUGGGAGCAAUUCAGCAGUUCAAUCUGGACGUCAUCCAAUGUGAAUUGUUUGCAAGCUCUGAGCCCGUUCCUGGAUUUCAAGGAGACACUCUGCAGCUGGCUUUCAUUGACUUGAGACAGCUCCUGGACCUGUUCAUGGUGUGGGACUGGUCAACGUAUCUGGCGGACUACGGACAGCCCAACUCUAAAUACCUGCGCGUUAAUCCAGCCACCGCGCUGGCCCUGCUGGAGAAGAUGAAGGACACCAGUAAGAAGAACAACAUCUUCUCUCAGUUCAGGAAGAAUGAUCGGGACAAGCAGAAGUUGAUUGAAACGGUGGUGAAGCAGCUGCGCAGCCUGGUCAACGGCAUGUCAUCCUGAAUCUCCACAAACUCAGCCACAACUAACCUGCGCUAUCUGUUUCACUAUUAAACUGUCAAAGAAUAGGGUGAGGUAAGGUCCCAGAUCAGCAAUAUAUCACCAUAUAUAAUAUGCCACCAUUGGAAAACUGCAGAAAUACUGGUCACAAUUUUAAAACUACCAUAUUUUCCGGACUGUACGUCGCUCUGGAGUACAAAUUGCACCAGCAAAAAAAAAGCAUAAUAACGAAGAAAAAAACAUAUAUGUCGCACUGGGCUGUAAGUCGCAUUUUUUGGGGAAAUUUAUUUUACAAAAUCUGAGACCGAGAACAGACAUUAUAUCUUUAAAGGCAAGUAAUAAUAAUAACAAUAAAAUAGAGAACAACAGGCUGAAUAGCAGUACAGCACGCUAACUUAACACAUUUAUUUAUUCAGCUACAUGAAACAUAGACAAUGAGCUGAAUACAUGUCCGGUAUGUUAACGAAAUAUAUAUAACAGUUACUCAGAUAACUUAAGCAUAAAAAACAAGCUAACAAGUUUACUCUCAGUGUCACUCCAAAUCAUCCUCAGUGUCGCUUCUGAGCUCCGUCAACUCUGGAAGUAGAUGAAGUGCCGCUUCAGUGUGGCUGUCAUACUGAUACACAAGCCUAGCGUGCCCUCGCGCGGUUGUCGGUAUGACUGUAAUGAAGAUGUGAAAUUAUAUAUUUUAAUAAUUUCACAUAUAAGUUGCAUCUGAGUAUAAGCCGCAUCCCCGGCCAAACUAUGAAAAAAGUGCGACUUAUAGUCCGGAAAAUAAGGUACUUAAAAAUUCUGUACAUUUGAAAUGUGCAACUGCACAAACUCAAACCAUAAGACAAUGGACCCUGCCACUGAAGUGGAUAUGGACCUGCAUUUGUCCACUUGUCAAGUAAAGCCUUGACCAUUGCCCAAAGUUGUGCAUUAUUUGUUACAGUGCUUGGUUUGCAUUAAUAUUAGCAUCACUAUAGGUAAAUGACUGAAAUGGCAAAUUCAAACUGUUGUUCAGCCAUGUCAUCUGGAUCUGGGAACUGUCUGUGUUGUACAUCUGAGCCUGCUUUUACCUCAUACGUAAAACUGUUUACGAGGAAGACUUCACCUCAGACUACACACUAAACUAGGACGGAGUCCCUGGCACAGGCCCAUUUACGCUCAACAGUGGACAAACACUAGCCCUGUGCUUUAACAGAUAAAUACUGACAAAUGUAAAAAAUGUGUGACCCUUCUGCUUGUUGUGACGUGAAACGGAAAGACGACCACAAGUACUGUCCUGAGUCAAAUAUACUUUAAAAUGUGUAGAUGAGUGGCCAACAACACUACAAGGGAAGAUAUCUAACAUGAGGCAGACACAUGCCUUUGUUCAUCCUACUUAUGUUUAUAUAUUUAAUUUUGUAUUGUUUCUGUCUCCUGUGUAAAAGUUGAGUAGAGCAUGAGAGUCAUGCCAGUACAGAUUACUGUGAUUAUGAGUGAACUAUGAAGUUUGUCAAGACUGAUGUUCACAUCAAGAUCUUAUUCUAUAUUUUUUGCUUUAUCUCAUGGGCAUUCAUACAGUAGAUGGUGAAUGUUAAGUGUGUGAAGAGCCAGUAUUUCGGCUGUGCACCUACAGUCAAACUGAGCAUGUCACAACAUCAUUAAUUCCUCAGUAAAGUGUAAGCUGAUACAUUGAUGAUAGGCUGUUACUUACAAGAGGAAUGAUUGUGGGCAGUGUCACCACUUAUUAAACACCUCUAUAGUCCUGUUUUAAAGCAGAAGCUUGAUGUUCAGAGAACAUCCCAAAUAUAUAUGUUUAUCAAAUUAUUUUUAUUUCUGUGAUUUGUUUCUCAGGGUGAACUGAAGCUUUAGUCUUGAAUCCAUAAAUCCACAGAGCACAGCAAUAAUGCCUGUAUCCUAUUGGCUGUCCUAAAUCUAAUCCACCCUAGUUAAGACUGUUUUCAUUUUUGGAAAGAUUUGCACUGAGAAUUUUGUUUCAGUUGGAAUUAUUUUUAGCAUUGUUAAUAUUUCCUGUAAAUUGCAUGUAAAUAAUGCAUAUUUUAUAAAAUACAAAAAAUUAUCUGGCAGUUCCUGCAUUAUUCCUAUACAUAAACUCCACUCACCCGUGUACAACCAACUCCUCUGUCAGAAGCAGACUUACAAUGCCAAUAAAGAGCACAGCUUUUGUA